CCAUGGCGUACAUGAAAACAAAACUGAAAUUGUUUUACAAGGUUUGACCGAGUGAUGUUGGCGAAAAAACAACAGUUCAAUGUAAAAGAAUUUUCCGCGAACCACUGCCACAAUUUAUGUUGUCGCAAUUUGGAAGCUAUCGGAAGCGGGCGUGGACUGCUUCGCUCUCGAGUUCCACCGAAGUGGAAAGGAAUUUUUUAUUCUCGAUUUUCCUUAAAGUAAAUUCAAUGGAAGAAGUAAAAGUGAUAAGAAUCAAAUUAAUUCGGUAAAUAAAUUGCGGUGACUCGUGGCUCAAUUUGGGGGAGCAAAAAGUUUAAUUACCUGAAGAAACGCACCAGGUGGAAAGGAACAGUUGAAGAGUUGACAGACAUUGGGAAGACCUACCCAGGAAACGACAAACGACGAUGGCAACGAAAUCUUCUUCGGCGACAUUCGCGAUCGAAGCUCGCCCAUAUUCGGCGACAAGGCUAGUCAGGAGUGCCCCUCAGCAGCGACCAGUUCCAGCAUUUUCCAUCGAGUCUCUGCAGAAGAAUACUUUCGUGAUGGGUCCUCCGAAGGCACAAAAACAUAAGUACAUGCUCCAACCGAAAGCCACUUCCUUCCGGAUGUACUAUGAUCGUGGUGAUUUGCCCAUCAAAAUGGAAUACUUAACCGGUGGAGAUAAAAUCGCCUGGACCGUGGACAUCGACAAGCUAGACUACGGCCUCUAUCUGCCGUUGUUCUUCGAUGGACUUUCAGAAACACGUCACCCGUACAAAACAUACGCACGGCAGGGCGUACAGGACCUGCUCUCUCACGGGGGAGACAAAAUUUACCCCGUCAUACCCCAACUAAUUAUACCGAUUAAGAAUGCUCUGAACACACGGAACAUGGAGGUCAUGUGUGUUACGUUACGGAUUAUUCAGCAGCUGGUAAUGGCGUCGGAUCUUAUUGGGCCGGCCUUGGUUCCGUUCUAUAGGCAACUGCUACCCAUGUUUAACGCCUACAAAGUGAAGAACAUUAAUUCCGGUGAUGCCAUUGACUACGGCCAAAAGAACAACAUGAACGUGGGCGAUCUGAUCGAUGAGACGUUGCAGGUGCUGGAGCGCCAUGGCGGAGAGGACGCUUUCAUUAACAUUAAGUACAUGGUACCGACGUACGAAUCAUGUUAUCUAAAUUGAAAAGUAUUUAGACAUUUUACGCUCUACCGUUCACGUUGUACUCAGUACUAGCUUUCAACAGUUCUUAUAAUUAGCACAAAUAUUUAUAAAUAAUGCAAAACAUGGUCAUUAGUAUCGAUAAUAGUAUGAAUAAUUAUCAUACACGCAAUUAUUAGAAAAGUGCCAAAUUACUUUAGGAAAACGUUUGCCGAUACAGAAGAGAAGAGAAGGCGUGGCUAGAUUUAAGUUAUUUUGAAAAGUUGACCAUUACGAAGCAAUAGUUAACACAUUCGCAAUAUUCAUUGUAUCUCUGUAUUGUCGGUUACCAAAUAUUGUAAUCAUUUUAAUUCUAGUUUCUUGCGCAAACCGUUGUAAGAUUAAUAGCAGUUCAGAAAUAUGAUUAAAAACAUUAAUUACAAGAUUGUAAAAUUGCAAAAAAAAAUUCUUUGGAAAAAUAUAUUAAGCUCUUUGUUAACAACAUACCACUGUCAAAUUCUAGCUCAAUUAGGAAAUUUCUCAACUUUCUAUAAUAGCUAAUACAAUUAAGCGCUUAAAGAAUAUAUUUCAAAAUAAAUAGAUUUAUUUCGCUUAGCUUACACUAUAUUUUCGCUAGUAGAAUUUUAAA